CCACAAGCAUCACAGAAACAGGAAUGAACCGGCAGCUAGUGAACAUUCUGACAGCCUUGUUUGCAUUUUCCUUAGAGACAAACCACUUCAGAACCAAGAGAAAUGAAACGUAGAGCAGCAAUGCUAUGAGUACUGGGAAAACCCACUAUGUUCCUUUCAGGUUCUCACCUCCUGCUAUGACUAAGGAAACUUGUAGGCUGGGUUUUAUUAGGAUCAUCAUCCUCAUCCUCAUGCUCAUCCCCAUCCUCAGUCUCCACCUCCACCACCACCGCCAUCAGCAUAAACAAAUAGUACUUGAUUGAGCUGAUCCAUCAGAUGAUGCUGCAUAUGGGAAUGGCGGCUUUCUGCAAAGACCAUGACUCCAGGUCCGGAAAACAACCUUCGCAGACCCUCUCUCCCUCAGAUUUCUUGGACAAAUUAAUGGGAAGGACAUCAGGAUACGAUGCAAGAAUCAGACCAAAUUUUAAAGGUCCUCCAGUAAACGUUACUUGCAAUAUUUUUAUCAACAGUUUUGGAUCAGUCACAGAAACCACCAUGGAUUACCGAGUGAACAUUUUUCUGAGACAACAGUGGAAUGACUCACGGUUGGCAUAUAGCGAGUAUCCUGACGAUUCCCUGGACUUAGACCCAUCGAUGCUGGACUCCAUUUGGAAACCAGAUUUGUUCUUUGCCAAUGAGAAGGGUGCCAACUUCCAUGAUGUCACCACCGACAACAAACUGCUUCGGAUUUCAAAAAAUGGCAAAGUGCUUUACAGUAUCAGGCUCACGUUGACCUUAUCCUGCCCCAUGGACUUGAAGAACUUCCCAAUGGAUGUCCAGACUUGUACAAUGCAGCUGGAGAGCUUUGGGUACACGAUGAAUGACCUGAUAUUUGAGUGGCUGAGUGAUGGUCCAGUUCAAGUUGCCGAAGGACUGACUCUGCCUCAGUUUAUUUUGAAAGAAGAGAAGGAACUCGGCUACUGCACAAAACACUACAAUACUGGAAAGUUCACCUGCAUCGAGGUGAAGUUUCACCUGGAACGCCAGAUGGGAUAUUACUUGAUCCAGAUGUAUAUCCCCAGCCUCCUGAUAGUCAUUUUGUCCUGGGUCUCCUUUUGGAUAAACAUGGAUGCAGCCCCUGCCCGGGUCGCGCUGGGCAUCACCACGGUUUUAACGAUGACCACCCAGAGUUCAGGCUCCAGGGCAUCUCUGCCAAAGGUCUCCUAUGUCAAAGCCAUUGACAUCUGGAUGGCAGUGUGCCUUCUGUUUGUGUUCGCCGCCCUACUGGAGUACGCGGCAGUGAACUUUGUCUCCAGGCAGCACAAGGAGUUCCUGCGGCUCCGAAGACGACAGAAGAGGCAGAAUAAGGAAGAAGAUGUGACUCGUGAAAGCCGUUUUAAUUUCAGCGGUUACGGGAUGGGUCACUGCCUCCAGGUGAAGGAUGGAACCGCUGUCAAGACCGCACCUGCCAACGCGAUCCCGCAGCCCCCAAAAGACGCAGAUGCCAUCAAGAAGAAGUUUGUGGACCGGGCAAAAAGGAUUGACACAAUAUCUCGGGCUGCCUUCCCAUUGGCUUUCCUCAUUUUCAACAUCUUUUACUGGAUCACAUACAAGAUCAUUCGGCAUGAAGAUGUCCACAAGAAAUAGAUGUGCCCUUCGAAUCCCGGGACCUUCUUGCCUAAGUGUUGUGCUUGUAAAUACACAGUGCAAUUGUCUUUAUAUCACUUUGACAGAGGCGAAGAUUGGGGGAGGGGGGAGGGAGGAUCUUGGGGUGAGUUUCCUGGCACCUAUGUGAAUGAAGAUAAGUUAUACGGCCACGAAGGAAAAACGUUUGCACAAAAUUAAGUUGUUGCAGAAUCAUGUGAGUAAAAUUCCCUUCAUAGUCUUUAGCGUUGUUCUCUCAGAUGAUGCAUUAAUUGGACAUGAUAAUGCAAGGUCAAGUUCUCAAGGGCAAUUUGUCUGUUGGUCUGGUUUUGACUAAUUCUGGUACUGAAAAAUUAGCUUCACACACACACACACACACACACACAGAAAAUGCUUACCAUCUGACCAUAGUGACUAGCCUAUAGUGAGUCGAGGACCAAACUUUUUCAGGAAAACGCUGCCUCAUUUUUAAAACGAGCCUCCUGAGCUAUGUUCUUUACAAUGUCUGUAAUUAGUGUUUCACCCGAGAAAUCCUUUUGUGGGUCAUAAAUUCUUUCUACUUAUCGAAAAAUCCACAACGAAAAAUAAACACCAAUCACAAAGAACAGAUUUCUACUUUACUGUCCAUGUGAGUGUGCAUUUUAAUAUUAUUUGUCUUUCCUAGAUGUAAUUUGGGGGGGUUUAAAUCGUGUCUCGUGUAAUUGAUUUGGUGGUAUACCCUCUUAAAAACAAAUGCCCGUUUUAUUUGAGAUCCAAGUUGGUGCACUAUGUACUUUUUUCGCUGUGGCUAUGUUUCUGUGUGAAGUGCUCCAGUGUGACUUAGCCAUCGCAGCCUGUCAGCCACAGUAUUUAUGGAGAUGGUGUGUCCUGAAUGGUGUAGCUCAUGUUAGCUUGAACUUCCCGUUUCUGCUCUCAUUGUAGGUGUAACUACUAGUCCCAAUGUCAACUGACCCAUGAUUUCUACUGUCAAUCCAAGUGAAUAUCAUUUUAAAUAUCCGUAAUGAACUUAAAGAAUUUUAAAACUGUACUGUGAUUUUCAUAACCCGUUGCCUUUUUGGUACCAGAGCUAUGUGGUUUGAAUCCUGGCUACAUGUUUUAAGUAAGAAAAAAAAAUAAAAGACGUAUUUUUGCUUACUCAGAUAAAAGACAACCUGUAAAAUAUAAUGAAAAAAAAAUUAAAUUUUACAUGUGCUGUAAAAGGGGUUAUUUAAAAAAAAAGUAUUUGUUCAAUUUCAAUAAAGCUAAG